UUUUUUUUUUGUUUAUGUUCUACUUUUUUGAUCCCAAACUUGAUCAAACUCUCUUCACUCCUCACCGCGACGACAUCUGUACUUGGUGCUUUCCAUAAGAAAAAUACACAUUUAUUCAUCAAGAAGAGAAUUACUUUAUACUCCCUUUUUUUUAUUUUAUUUUCUAGAUAACCCUUAUUUUUUUCAUUUAUAUACUCCUUUAAACAUUACAAACAAACUUAUUUUUAAACCUUAAAAAAAAGAAAAAGAACUAUACCUAAUGUCUCGAAACGGUUCUCCUCUUGGUCGUAUGUUGACUGUCAUUGACGCUCCUCAAUCAUCUUUACGCUUUUUGAUUCUUGAUUGUCCUACAGAGUCAACACUGGAUUUUUAUAUGGAAGAGUUUAUGCGCCUUCAUGUGGUUACCGUUGUUCGUUGUUGUCAACCAACAUACAGUGCAGCUCGUUUAGCUGAAAGAAACAUACAAGUGCUUGAUCUCCCAUUUAAAGAUGGUGGUGUGCCCCCGCCACAAGUAGUGCGUGAAUGGUUGCAACUAGUAGAAAAGAACAGACAGUUAGCUGAUGAAGACGAGUCAGAAGCACCUACAAUUGCAGUUCAUUGUGUAGCAGGAUUAGGCAGGGCACCUGCAUUAGUUGCUAUUGCUUUGAUUGAGAUGGGUAUGAAACCAUUGGAUGCUAUUGAAUACAUUCGAGGCAAAAGAAGAGGUGCAUUCAACAAACCUCAAAUCGCUUAUCUUGAUUCAUAUAAGCGUACAUUGAAGCCUAAAUCCUCUGGCUCUAAUUAUUCACUUCGUUCCUCACUAGGUCGCAUGUUCAAAUUAGGUGGCACAAACAACAAAUCAAACGCUUCCUCUGCUUCUUCUCCUCCUCCUACUUCGACUCCACAAUUGACAUGAAUCCAUCGCCCCCUUAUAAUAUUAGAGCCGUGUUUAUUAUGAUGAUUAAAAUGUAUUCAAAACGUAGUUUGUGUGUAAGCAGGUGGUGGUAUUAAACAAUCAUGACAGAGUGUAUGAUCUAUAUCUUUAGCAGAAGGUGCUGAAGGUUCUGGUAUCAUUAGACUAGAGACAGGUGGUGAAGGAAAUGGAAUUGUGCUUGUCAAGGGCCUUUUUGUGUUUCGUCUUUGUUUACAUUUUCGACUAUACCAAUAAAUCAAAAUACCCACACCCAAUGCAAAAGAGAGCGAAAGACCACCUGUUAAGCUAAGCACUACAGCCAAUGUUCUUAAUUGACUUUCGUUUGUAUGAAGUCUAUGAAUAAGACUAGAAGAAGAUUCUUUUGCCAUUGUUGUAUUCAUACUUGAGAUAAUUGUAUCAUAUUCUAAAUUGAGAGAAAAGGAUUAAAAAAAAAA